UCCGUUUGUCUGCCUUAAAGGCUCCGGCAGUGGAUCCACCGCUCGGUUCAGUGUAAUCCCGUCGCUCUCGGGUUUUACUCACUCAGCUGUCCGUCAUGGCGACCGCGAAAAGCCUCCGGGCCGCUACGACCAGCGUUUAAAGUCUCUUUUUUUUGUUCAAAGUGCGGCUGGACGUGGAUGUAAGCGCUCCUUUUUCAUCCGGGGGUUAAUACAUCCGUGCGGAUUUCGAGAGAAAAGGGGGCAGGGCAGUGAGCAGUAUAGUGCACCAUGGCAGAGCCAGACCCAGAGCCAACAUCUUCUGUAGCAGGCCAGCGUCUUGGAGCCCCAGAGACUCUUGGCAUCAGUACCCUGGACCCUGGGCACAGACCCCCGGCUAUGCCGCCAGGACGGCAUGUCACCAUCAGGGUCCAUAUGCUGGAUGAUACAGAGGAGCUCUUUGACAUCUCACAAAAAGCCCCAGGCAAGGUGCUGUUGGACCUGGUGUGCGCCCAUAUGAACCUCAUUGAGGGUGACUACUUUGGCUUGGAGUUUCAGGAUCAUCAAAAAAUGAUGGUCUGGUUGGACCACAUCAAGCCCAUUAUCAAGCAGCUCAAACGACCGAAACACACGACCCUGAGGUUUGCUGUGAAGUUUUUCCCUCCAGACCACGCCCAGCUAUUGGAGGAGCUAACGAGGUACCUGUUUGCUUUGCAGAUCAAACAAGACCUGGCAUGUGGACGUCUCACCUGCAAUGACAGCAGCUCUGCAAUGAUGGUCUCUCAUAUUAUCCAGGCUGAGAUUGGGGACUUUGAGGAGAGCCAGUGCCGGUCACACCUCCUCAAUAACAGCUACAUCCCAGAUCAAAUGGCCCUCAUUGAUAAGAUAAUGGACUUUCACUCAAAGAAUAUAGGUCAGACACCAGCAGAGUCAGACUAUCAGUUACUUGAAGUUGCACGCAGGCUGGAGAUGUAUGGGAUUCGCCUGCAUCCUGCCAAGGACCGUGAAAGCACGAAGCUGAGCCUGGCUGUGGCACAUACGGGUGUCCUGGUCUUUCAGGGACAUACAAAGAUUAAUGCCUUCAACUGGGCCAAAGUGCGGAAACUCAGCUUCAAAAGGAAACGCUUCCUCAUCAAGCUGAGGCCAGAUCUAAACAGUUCAUAUCAGGACACUCUGGAGUUUCUCAUGGCCAGCAGAGACUGCUGUAAAGUCUUCUGGAAGAUCUGUGUGGAAUACCAUGCCUUCUUCCGCCUCUUUGAAGAACCAAAGCCUAAGCGCAAGUCUGUGCUCUUCUCAAGAGGCUCCUCUUUCAGAUUCAGCGGCCGCACACAGAAGCAGGUUAUAGAUUAUGUGAGGGAGUCUGAGUUUCGAAAGAUCCCGUUUGAAAGGAAACACAGCCGUGUCCAGCACAACACUCCGGUCCCACACAACAUCCGCCUUUCACCAUUGCCUUCUCCACACCACCAUGAAGUGCCAACACCAAGUGGUGCUCCAGGGGACAUAAUUGACUCUUCUCCCAGACAGCAUUGGAAGGAGUCUGCCUGGGUGAGUGCAGAGGACCCAUCAGUCUCACGGACAAAAGCAAGCCCUUCCAGCGAGAGCAAUGGGCACAAGGACAGAACAGGGCCAGGAAUCAGGCCUGAAGCAGAGGAGAUAAGAAGCUCAACUCGACAGAGUCAUCCGGAACAUCUAAGUACAGGAGUGAUGCCCAACAGCCCUCACCUGUCUGCGUCUGCAGGACACCCUUGCGGCAUGGUUAAUGGUCAGAAGUCACUGGAUCUGUGCAGCCACAGUCCCGACGGCCGACAGCCUUCCCCACUCACCAGCCCGCUGCUCAACGACGCUUGCAGCAUUCGCACCGAUGAUGAAGACGAGGUUCGACGAAAGCGGUUCCCAACAGAUCGGGCCUACUUCAUCGCCAAAGAGCUGCUGACCACAGAAAGGACGUACGUGAAGGAUCUAGAGGUCAUCACCGUGUCAUUCCAGAGUGCCGUGGUACUAGAUGAGUCCACUCCAGGUUCUCUGAAGAACAUCGUUUCCUCCACGUUCGAGCCUCUGCACAAGUUCCACACAGGUUUUCUCAGGGAGGCGGAGCAGCGGCUGGCUCUGUGGGAAGGACGUUCUAAUGCUCACAUCAAAGGAGACGGCCAGCGUAUUGGAGAUGUAAUGUUAAAGAACCUGCAGGCCUUGAAGCCUCUGACAGCAAACCUGCACAAGCAGUCUGAAGUCCUGAUCGAGCUCGAGAAGGCAUGCAGGAUGUCCAGAAGGUUGGAAGGUCUCUGCAGAGACUUUGAGCUGCAAAAAGUCUGUUACAUCCCCCUCAACGCCUUCAUUCUGCGGCCCCUGCACCGCCUCAUUCACUACAAGCAGAUCCUGGAGCGCCUGUGCAAACACUACCCACCCACUCACGUGGACUUCAGGGACUGCAGAGCUGCUCUGGCUGUUGUGUCUGAGGUGGUGGAUCAGCUCCAGGGCAACAUCAUCAAGAUGGAGAACUUCCAGAAGCUUCUGGAGCUUAAGAAGGAUCUGAUUGGCAUUGACAAUCUUGUUGUUCCUGGUCGGGAGUUCAUCAGGUUAGGCUGCCUCAGCAAACUGUCUGGAAAAGGUCUCCAGCAGCGAAUGUUCUUCCUGUUCAACGACGUCAUCUUGUACACGAGUCGAGGGAUGACGGUGACCAAUCAGUUCAAAGUGCACAGGCAGCUGCCACUCCACGGCAUGACAAUCAGAGAGAGUGAGGAUGAGUGGGGUGUGCCUCACGCCUUCACGUUGAUUGGACAGCAACAGUCGGUGGUAGUUGCAGCAAGUUCUCUGAUGGAGAUGGAGAAGUGGAUGGAGGACAUAAAGAUGGCAGUAGAGAUGUCAAAAACCAGCAACGGACCGACCUCUGACCUCCAGACCAGCAUUUUGACUGAAAAAUGCCCCGAGGACUCCUCGGCGGAGGCGGAGUCCGAGGACGACACGACGCCGUCGCAGCCCUCCCUGGAGAGGCCCGCCCCUCACCGUGGUAACACCAUGGUGCACGUGUGCUGGCACAGGAACACCAGCGUGUCCAUGGUGGACUUUAGCAUAGCCGUGGAGAAUCAGCUUUCAGGAAACCUUUUGAGAAAGUUCAAGAACAGUAACGGCUGGCAGAAGCUUUGGGUUGUCUUCACCAACUUCAGCUUGUUUUUCUACAAAACUCACCAGGAUGAUUAUCCGCUAGCCAGCCUCCCCCUGCUGGGGUACUCAGUCACCAUUCCCUCCGAGUCCGAAAACAUCCACAAGGACUACGUCUUCAAGCUGCACUUCAAGUCUCACGUCUACUAUUUCCGAUCAGAGAGCGAAUACGCCUUUGAGAGGUGGAUGGAGGUCAUUCGCAGCGCCACCGUUUCGUCCAGUCGCGCUCGAACGUCGAACAACAAAGAGCCCCGCAUUCACUGAUUUGGCUUGUCCCCUUGACCUCUCUGUUUACUCCUUGUCUCCUGGACUCUUUUUUUUUCUUUUCAACACAUUUCUGGGACAUUUGUACAUCGAGCAGCGUCUGCGCACAUUCUGUGCUUUUUUUUUUUCUUCUUCUUUUCUUUUUUAUGCUUUAAUGGUGACACGUCCGCUGGUUUAGACUGCAUCAGAGACUGCAUUUUUACUCAACUCUGAAACCUCUUUUUAAGGAUGUCAUUUUAUACUGUUUUGUAAGAGUCUUGACCAUUUUCUAUCUUUACAGUUUUGCAUUUUGUUGUCGGUUGUUUUUACAGCAGAUGCAUCUUUCUUAGACCGUUAAAACUCUCACUGCAUCGUCUUUUUUUGGUGUACUUCAUAUUACUGAAAGCAGCUGCUUGGAUCGUGUCCGGGUUUAGUGCCAAACUGCUUUAUAUCAAAGUCCUGGACUUGCUAUUUUGUUACAUUAUUGAUAAGGAGUGUCUUCUAUAAACUGAGAUUUUAAAAGUCACAUACAGCUGGUUGUUCUUUAAAGCUACAGUAUGUAGGAUUUAGGGGGCAUUUAUUAGCAUAAAUGGAAUAUAACACUUGGCGUCACAUGUUCAUUAAUAUGUAGUUACCUGCAACAAUGAAUCUUUGUGCUUUUAUUAGCUUAAAAUAAGACCUACAUAUCGACAUGGAGAUGUAAAGGAUCAUGCAUAUUGCUUAUCACAAGAAAAGGCAAGGUAGCAUGAAUCCCCCUCAGCAAAACAGCAAAAACGUGAAGGCAAAUAAAAUCGUAACCAGCAAACGCAGAAUGCAAUCUGCAGCCUCACCACUAGAUGACACCAAAUCCUGCAUGCUGUAGCUUUAACUGAACACUGUGUUUUGUGUCAGAAAAUAGAAAUAGAAUAAUAACAAUCUAUUUUGAUGUAUUAUCGAUAUAACUGAUGUAAAUGUAGCCCGAGCAGCUGCCAGCACCACUAAUGCCAUUUCAAGUAAAGUGAAGAUUUGCUGAUGUUUGUUGUAUGAAUAAUUUUUUUUAACAGAUCACCUUCGGGUGUAUGAGAAAAUGUGGGACAUAUUCAUAAUCAGUGUAUUAUGAAGGUAACAGUUAUUGAAAGCUUUAAAGAUUAUGUGUUUUAAAAGAAUAAGAAUAAUAAAAUAAAAACAAAAUAUAAACUUUCUGUUCCAAGCACUAUUGCCCUCACUGGACUUGGCUGCCUCCUGUAUACAUGAAUGACAUUUUAUGUGUCUAAAUGAAUAGAAAUAUGCAUUUGACAGGGUUUUACAGUGACGCAUGUGAGACGGAAAACUGCAAUUUUCCAGACAACUGAGAGAUAUUUGGAAAUGAAAGCAAUAAAAACCUCACUCAAAAUCAGA